AUGGGGAACAUGUCCCGGCGCGUUUACGAUAACGGCCGACGCAAGUUCAAGUCCCGCCAAGGGUUGAAGGCGUUGUGCCAAGACAUCUCUUCUCUCAAGAAGAAACGCGUCGGUCGAAAGCAAAAGUACUCAGACCUUCGAGAUCGAAUUCGCGCGAUAUCACCACAGCGUCGGACAACACUCCGGUACAUCGCGCAUGCCGUCGGCGUCCCUGCGAGCACGCUCAAAGACUACUACAAACGCGGUCUCAUGGUCAAGCAUAAUUCCCACAUUAAACCAAUGCUAACGGAUGCAAACAAAGUGGCCAGGGUAAAGUGGGCCAUGGACUUCGUGCGCCCCAAGAUAAAGUCGCGAAUGUACCUGCUGCCGGGUGAAGACCCUCCCCAUCGCUCCACCCAGAGCAAAUGUUUUAUUAAGAAAGUGAUGUUCUUAUCCGCCUUGGCACGCCCAAGAUGGGACGACGACAAGGCCGACUGGUUCGACGGCAAAAUCGGAAUCUGGAACUUCACGCAAGUUGUCCCCGCCACCCGAUCGUCACGCAAUCGUCCCGCCGGCAAACUGGAACUCCGUCCAAUCAACGUAACGCGCCCUGUGUACAAGAAGAUGCUGAUUGAGCACGUCAUCCCUGCUAUCCAGGCCAAGUGGCCAGUGAACAGCACCCGUUGUGUCGUCAUCCAGCAAGACAACGCACGACCACAUGUGCCAUCGAGCGACCAGGCGUCACUACAACAAAACCAUCACUCGAACACGUACGAAGAAAUCGUUGCCGCGACGAACCAAGCGUGGCACGACGUCGACCCAUGGUCGUUGGAGCAAAACUUCCUGACGCUGCAGUGCUGCUUUAGCGAGGUCAUCAUGAGCGCCGGAGACAACUCGUGCAUGGUGCCACACAUAGGGAAAACGGCACUCAAGAGGUCAGGGCUCCCACCUGAGACAGUCGCCUGUGACCGCGAGGUGUUCGACGCAGGGUGUGCUUUGAUGAGCCAGCAUGAUCUUCAGAAGGUCAUGCAUGACCUUGCCGUCGAAACAGUCGCCGAGUUGGAGAUGAUCGACAUCUUUUCUGCUAUGGAAUCGCUUGGGAUCAAUGACGAGGACGUCGAAGUAGGAGUGUAG